AUGCGUGUCCCAGGUCGUUGUACGGUUGUUUCUGGUACCAAUAGUAACUCAAAAAUUUUACAACGACAACAAUUUGAUUGUGGUGGUAGCAAAUUACUACCACAACAACAACGUCGUUGUAUUCCACUUCAACAUUUUCAUGAUGGCAUUGUUGAUUGUCCUGAUGGAAGUGAUGAGUUUUGUUUUCCUGGUUACGUCAAAUGUGGAACAUAUUGCGUAUCAUUAAAAUAUGCAGCACAGUGCUUUAUUAAUCCCAGAUGUGAUAAUACGCCAACAUCACCGCAAUUUUGUGAUGUUAUCAAGAAAAAAUUAUGUUCAAUUGAGGGAACAGUGCCUUGCAAAGGUUAUGGUGAAUGUGUGAUGAAAAAAUGGAUCGAAAAUGGUCAAACUAAUUGUAUUGAUAAAUCUGAUCAAGAUCUUGAUUACAUUGCUGUAUUUGGUAUUAAACGUGGUACUAAUCGAUAUCAAAAUUUACAAUUUAUAAGUAAUACAUCGAAUAAUUUGAAUGAUAUGAUGAUUAGCACUCAACAAUUUAUACCAUCUUGGCUUCAAUUUGUUUCUCCAUCACCAUCAUAUCAUGUUAAAUCUUCCAGUACUAUUCGAAUCAGUAACGAUAAUGGAGAUAAUAAAUUAGGAUAUAAUGGUAUCUUAAAACAGGAUAAUAUCAUUGUAUCAAAUAAUAUUUCAUCGUCAUCAUUAUCACCAUCAUCAUCGCCAUCAUUAUCACCAUCGUUAUUGCCAUCGUUAUCAUCGCCAUUAGCACCAUCGUUAUCAUCAUCAUCAUUGUCAUCAAACAAGAUAACGAAUCAAAAUAAUAUGUUCAAUUCUUCUAUAAAAACGAUAUCAAAUAGUGUUGAAAACAGAGCAAUAAUAUCAAAGGAAUUAGAACAAAUGCAAUCAUCAAAUUUAUCAAAACAACAACGAGAGGAACAGAUUAUCAGUACCUCGCAAAAUGAUGAUUUGGCUAAUCUUAUCACCAGUACCACAACUUAUCACUUAUCACCGGAUCAAAUUGCUUGUGCUCAUUACGAAUAUGCUGAAGCACACCGUUUGGUACCAGAACCAUUAUGCACCUGUCCACCAGGAGAAAUGCCCGGUGGUAAUCAUUCAACAUGUAAAGCAACUAUUAUAUCAACAUUUGGUAUAGAUGUAAGUAAUAUGUGCGGUGGUAUGGAAACUAUUCCGGAAGAGCGAUCACGGCUUGCUAUUUUAGUGUUGAAUCGUACCGGAUUACCAUAUCAGGCCUGUGUCCGGCGUGAUGGUCAUCCGGUUAUGGUGCAACUUGAUUGCUCACAGUGUACUGUUAAAGAAUUUGAUGAUGCUUUUAAACAAAAUUCCAAUGAUCAAUAUGUACCUUUACGUAUAAUGGAACUUUCUGUUGGCGCUUGUUUGACAUCAGCGCUUAAUGAUUGUGAUCCAGAACAUGCUGAUUGCUUAAUAAAUGGUCCUCGAUAUGAAUGUCGCUGUCAUGAUGGUUGGAAUGAUACAUCAAAAAAUUUUGGUAAAGCAGAAGGAAGACGAUGUGAACAAUUAAUUUUACUUGCUGAUGGAUGUAUUUUAUUUUAUGGUUAUUGUUUAUUAUGGUGGCUUCUUUUAUUUGGUAUUAGUUUCAUUUUAUUAUUAUUAUUAUUGUAUUGGUUAGGUUCUAAAUUAUAUAAAUUAUGCAAAAAACGACGAAGACGAAAUGUUAUAGAGGAACAGGGUCAUUUGGUUACAUCGGAAGUUAGUUCAAUCAAAAAUAGCAAUGCUAAUAAUAAUAAAUUAGCAAUAAUCGAAUCAAUCAAUAUGAAUAAUAAUCCAAAUUCUAUUGAUACAAUUAGUGUAGCAGAAGAUUGUGAUGAAAAAUUAGCAACAACAACAACAAAAACAACAACAACAACAACAACAACAACAACAGCAACAACAAUAAUUGAUAAUAAAUGUAUUACUAAUUUUAUGCAAAAUGAUAAACAAAAUGCAACAAAAAAUGCAGAAAAAAUUUUAAUCAAACAAGAAAGUGUAAAAUCAUUGAAUUUAAUGGAAAAAAAUGAUGAAAAACAACAAACAAAAAUGCAAUCGGAAAAAUUGGAGCAAACUUCUGAUCAAUUAAAAUCUGAAAGAGUGAAAAUUGAACAAAAUGAGCAAAAAUUAUCAAUGAAUCAACAUGCUAAGAUUAAUUCAUCAAUUUUAUCAAAAAAUAAAUUAAUGAGGAAAACGUUAUCAGAUGAUCAAAAUGAAUUAAUCAAUGAAUCAUUGGAAACAUCAAAGAAUGAAACAAUUAAUCAAUCACAAAAAUUUACCGAAUUAACACAAAAUGAUGAUGAUGAUGAAAAAAUGUUGAAAAAUGUUGAAACUAUGGAAGCUACAAAUUCAAAAGUGAUGAAUAUCAGUCAGUCAGUAUCGGAAACAUCACUACGUACAAUGUGGGAAUUAUUUAAGCAGGGCACAUGGAAACAAUCAUCCAGACCUAGUUCUAUCAAAUCUUCAACAUCAUCAUUGGAUCAUCUUAUCGAUGUAUUCUUAUGCCGAAAACGAAACAAGAAAAUUCAUCCGGAUACUAUCACAAUAUCAAAUGAUCCGGAAUAUCCGUUAAAUACUAUUAAAAUAUCAAAUUCUACAAUUGCUGAUACUAUUCCAUCAAUUUCACCACUUUCUCAUCUAUCAAAUUCGGCAUCUACGACAGUUAUCACAUGUUGUAGUAUUAAUACUGCAACAACAACAACAAUAACAACUGCAACAACAACAACAAAUGAUUCAAUUAGCUGCUAUUACUCGACUAAUAAUAUGGAAGAGCAAUUAUUUACUGCAACUGAAAAAGUACCAAUGCAAAAUCAAUUAUUGGAGCAAAAAAUUAUAACUGAAACAAAAACAUUAACAACCAAAAGUACCAUAUCAUUGUUGCCACAAGAAUUAUCACUGUUAUCACUAAAGAAUACAUCAUCAGUACAAUCAGUGAAUCCUACUCCUACUCCUACUACUACCACUAUCAUAUCAGAUCGAUUAGAAUUUACUAAAAUUGACCAGCAAUCAAUAUUAAAUGAUGCUAAAAAAGAUUCAAUUGAUAAUGCUACUACAACUAUCAAUGAAAUGACGCAACAAUAUAUGAUUGAUAAAAAUCAGAAAUUAUCAGUGAUUGAACAAAAUGAAAAUAAAAUAAAAGAUGAAAUGGAUACUAAAUUAUCAACAACUACUAUUGUUACCAGUUCAGAUAAACAAUUGAAACAAUGUACCAGCAGUACAGAGCAAUCCAUUUCUAGUAAAACACAAUCUGAGAAUGAUAGCUGUGAUAUGAUAACAGUGAUAAAGAAUGAUAAUGAUAAUGAUGAUGAUGAUGAUGGCGAUGAUAAUUUAAAUGAAAAGAUGCUAUCAACAAAUGAUGAAUUAAGAAAUGCAUUAAAAGAGGUAACAUCAACAAAACCACCAAUUAAACGACUCACUGAGAAGCAAAAAGAGAAAUUAAGUGCAUCAUGUGGACAUUUGCAUAUUCAAAGUGAUGAUGAAAUGAAUAGAAAAGGUGAUGGUGGUUCUAUUCGACAAUUUUUAGCAACUGCAAGAAAUGAAUCACGACGAAAGCUUUCAAGUAUAUCAGAAAAAAGCACUGAAAUGAUGAAUGGCGGAAAUCAAUUGAUAUCAGCGCCAAGUAGUAUCAGUUGUCCAACAACUACACGCAGAAGCAAAGAUUAUAGACAACUACCACGUACAUUACAAAGACAUCGUGAUAAUGCUUACGGGGUAUGGAAUUAUUUUUUCGCAGAUUUAAUGGCAUCAUUAACCGAAGAGCCAACAACUAAUAUCAAUGAUUGUGCAAAAACAAUACCAAAUAAUAAUGGUACAACAAUACGAAAUGCUAACAAUUGGAGUAAAUUAGAGCAGAAUCGAAUUAAUGCUAAACUGAAACAUAAAAUUGGUAGUAAUAUAAGUCAACAUUCAAUUGCUAUUACUGAUAAACAACGUCCACCGUGGAAUUUUUCACCAUUAAAAGAUGGUAAUUUGGAUCGUAUUGCGCCACUUCAACCUGUUUUUUCACAUAGUAAUCAGCCGCGCAAAUGGCUUUCAGCAUUACAUCUUAACGACGAUAAAUAUGCUACAGCUUUACAGUCCAGUAGAAGAAAUAUUAGUGAACGUCGACAAAGUGAUUGCAAUUUACAUGAUAUUUCACAUUUACGUAUGACACGUGGAUCACAUUCAGCACGAUUGCAUACACGUUUAACAUCUGCUAAAAUGUCACGAAAUAUCAGUGGCGUAAAAUGGACACCAAAUGAUAUCAAUAAUCAACCAAUAAAAGAACAAUUAUGGUGGGGUAAAUAA